AUGCCUCCCGCCCGCGCCGCAAUAUGGGACCACUUCCACAACAUCCGGGAGGACAUCCAAUUGCCCGAGCUCGGCAUCGCGCUCAAAGCAAAGAAGAACGCGUCGUAUGAUAAUGCGUGGUGCAGGGCUUGCGUGGACAAGAUGUUGGAGAUGCCGGAGUAUGGGCUGUGGAUGCCUGGUGGGGGAGGGUAUGAGGAGGGGGCAAUAGAGACCAUGAGGCAGUAUCGAGUCUUCGCAGCUACAGAAGCGAUCAGGGGGCAGCCCAAGAACAUGGAGCGCCAUAUCCGGCGAUGUCAGUAUACGACUGUCGUCCUUCCUCCAUUACCGCCCCCGGUGUCCAACAGCAAGAAGAAGGCAGCAUCGGCAGUCCCCCCCGAGCCUGUCGAUCCGGCCUUAUCAAUUGCACGCGCAGGUCUGGCCGGUCCAUCCACGUCAACCCUCACCUCCCUCCCCACCCUCGAUUCCUCAGUACCAGCUCCGGCUCCAGGCACGUCCACAUCCACGCCCACAACGCUGCCCAUACUACCUGCCGCGACGUCCAUACCUCCCGGUGCACCCGCCACUCCCUCCCACACCCAACAACGACCAACCUCUGGCUCCGGAUCCGGCCCCACACCCCGUCUGACGAGAGAACGCCAGGCGGAGCUCGAUGCGGAUAUCUAUAAUCUGUUUUUGAGCCUCGGGGUGCCGUUUGACGCGAGGACGUGUCUCGUCUUUGGGCAGUUUGUGGGGAGGUGGAUACCGGGGACGAGCUGGGGGGAGGAUCAGCAAUAG